GCUUUUCACGUAAAUUUUGAUAAAAGCGAGAAAAUUGUUGGAAAAUUCGUUGUGUAAUCGCAUCAAAGUCAGUUCAAAUGCUGCCGCUCAGAAGGUCUCGCAUUUAACCAAUACACAUACAUACACACACACACAUACUUACAAUAAAAUCAUUUUUUGUUUGCCCAAGUGUUGGUGCUGAGAAUGUGCAACAAAAUGUAGUGUUAUCAGGCGUUGAUAUUAACUUUGUUGAAGAAAAAUAGACGCAAUGUCCCAGCCGGCCAAACGUGGUGGGCGUGGCGGCGCUGGCGGUGGCAUAGGACGAAGGACCCCCUCCAGUGUUGCCGGUGCAGUUGGUGGCAAUACCCCCGACGAGUCGGCUACGACCAGCGAACGCGCCACACCAGCGAGUAAGGCGGAUUCAGAUCAGAAGGACGACAGCUCGAGUAAUGGCGAUAAGAAGGAGACGGAAGGGUUUCCCACGCCGAAGCCACCGAGCGCUGGUGCCUCCAUACGCGACACCUCGAAUAAGAUACUCGCCCUGGCGAUGAAAAGCGAAUGGACGCCCAUCGAACAGGAGUUGAAGAAGCUGGAGAAGUAUGUGGCAAACGCGGGGGAGGAUGGCAACCACAUUCCGUUAGCGGGCGUACACGAUCCGAACACCGGCAUGACACCGCUUAUGUAUGCCACAAAGGAUAAUAAAACCUCAAUUAUGGAUCGUAUGAUUGAGUUGGGUGCCGAUGUGGGAGCCAGGAAUAAUGAUAAUUACAAUGCCUUGCACAUAGCUUCAAUGUAUUCGCGAGAGGAUGUCGUCAAGCUGUUGCUAAAUAAACGUGGCGUGGAUCCAUACUCAACGGGCGGCUCCCGCACUCAAACAGCCGUACAUUUGGUCUCGAGUCGCCAAACAGGCACAGCAACGAACAUUUUGCGCGCCUUAUUAGCAGCCGCCGGCAAGGAAAUACGUUUAAAAGUUGACGGGCGAGGCAAAAUACCACUGCUGCUUGCGGUCGAGUCUGGUAAUCAGUCUAUGGUCAGAGAGCUGCUCUCAGCUCAAACCUCGGAACAACUGAAGGCAACAACAGCAAAUGGCGACACGGCCCUGCAUUUGGCCGCCCGACGCCGGGAUGUCGACAUGGUGCGAAUACUCGUCGACUACGGCACCAAUGUCGACACCCAGAACGGCGAUGGGCAGACGCCGCUGCAUAUAGCGGCCGCCGAAGGAGACGAAGCUUUACUCAAGUACUUUUAUGGCGUACGCGCCUCAGCGUCAAUUGCGGAUAAUCAAGAUCGAACACCUAUGCAUUUGGCAGCAGAGAAUGGCCAUGCGCACAUCAUUGAAAUUUUGGCGGACAAAUUCAAGGCGAGCAUCUUCGAACGCACAAAGGAUGGCAGCACGCUGAUGCAUAUCGCCUCGCUGAAUGGCCAUGCCGAGUGUGCGACGAUGCUCUUCAAGAAGGGCGUCUAUCUACAUAUGCCAAAUAAGAAUGGCGCGCGCAGCAUUCACACCGCGGCCGCUUACGGCCAUACGGGCAUCAUUAACACGCUGUUGCAGAAGGGCGAGAAGGUUGAUGUCACAACGAAUGAAAAUUAUACCGCACUCCAUAUUGCCGUGGAGUCUGCCAAACCGGCCGUCGUCGAAACAUUGCUCGGCUUCGGCGCCGAUGUCCAUGUCCGUGGCGGUGCAAUGCACGAAACGCCGCUGCAUAUAGCCGCACGAGUUAAGGAUGGCGAUCGUUGUGCCUUAAUGCUCCUUAAGUCCGGAGCUAGUCCCAAUUUAACUACCGAUGAUGGCCUGACGCCGGUGCAUGUGGCCGCGCGUAAUGGUAAUCUGGCAACGCUGAUACAGCUCCUUGAAGAUGGUGGCGAUCCGCUCUACAAAUCCAAUACCGGUGAAACAUCCCUACACAUGGCCUGCCGCUCGUGUCAUCCGGAGAUCGUUCGCCAUCUUAUCGAAAUGGUUAAGGAGAAACACGGUCCGGACAAAGCUACCACCUAUAUUAACUCGGUAAACGACGAUGGCGCCACCGCACUACACUACACAUGCCAAAUCACGAAAGAAGAGGUGAAAAUCCCUGAGUCCGAUAAGGAAAUAGUCCGCAUGCUCUUGGAAAAUGGCGCGGAUGUGACGUUGGCUACGAAAAACCUGCUGGAGACUGCGUUCCACUACUGUGCCGUCGCGGGUAAUAACGACGUGUUGAUGGAGAUGAUCGCACACAUGAACCCCACAGAUAUCCAGAAAGCCAUGAAUCGACAGACGUCAGUGGGUUGGACGCCGUUGCUAAUCGCCUGUCACCGCGGGCACAUGGAGCUGGUCAACAACCUUUUAGCGAAUCAUGCCAGAGUGGAUGUGUUCGACACUGAGGGCCGUUCGGCUCUACAUUUGGCUGCCGAACGAGGGUAUCUGCACGUCUGCGACGCGCUGCUCACCAACAAGGCGUUUAUCAACUCGAAAUCUCGUGUCGGUCGCACGGCGCUACAUCUGGCGGCGAUGAAUGGCUUCACGCAUCUCGUGAAGUUCCUCAUCAAGGAUCACAAUGCCGUCAUCGAUAUAUUGACGUUGCGCAAGCAAACGCCUCUCCAUCUAGCCGCCGCUAGUGGACAGAUGGAGGUAUGUCAGCUUCUGCUCGAGCUCGGAGCUAACAUAGACGCGACCGACGAUCUGGGCCAAAAGCCCAUACAUGUCGCCGCGCAGAACAACUACUCUGAAGUGGCCAAAUUAUUUCUACAACAACAUCCAUCGCUGGUGAAUGCCACCAGCAAGGAUGGCAACACCUGUGCGCACAUCGCUGCCAUGCAGGGUUCCGUGAAAGUGAUCGAGGAGCUAAUGAAGUUCGAUCGUUCUGGCGUGAUAUCGGCUAGAAACAAAUUGACUGAUGCCACACCGCUACAGCUGGCGGCCGAAGGUGGUCAUGCGGACGUGGUGAAGGCGUUGGUGCGUGCGGGCGCCUCAUGUACGGAUGAGAAUAAGGCCGGCUUUACGGCCGUGCAUUUGGCGGCACAAAAUGGUCAUGGGCAGGUAUUGGAUGCAUUGAAAAGUACCAACUCUUUGAGGAUAACCAGCAAGAAAUUGGGACUGACGCCGUUGCAUGUGGCUGCCUACUACGGACAAGCGGACACUGUGCGCGAGCUGUUGACGAGCGUGCCGGCGACGGUGAAAUCGGAGCCACCGACCGGCCAAAGUCUCUUUGGUGAGCUGGGGGCAGAAUCGGGCAUGACACCGCUACAUUUGGCGGCAUUUUCGGGAAAUGAGAAUGUGGUGCGUUUGUUGCUGAACUCAGCAGGAGUGCAGGUCGAGGCGGCAACGACAGAGAAUGGUUACAAUCCACUCCAUUUGGCUUGCUUCGGUGGUCACAUGUCAGUGGUUGGCUUGCUUCUGAGUCGCUCAGCAGAACUGCUCCAAUCAACAGAUCGGCAUGGCAGAACCGGUCUACACAUCGCCUCCAUGCAUGGUCACAUACAGAUGGUGGAGAUUCUGUUGGGUCAAGGCGCAGAAAUAAAUGCCACCGACAAGAAUGGUUGGACGUCACUGCAUUGUGCUGCCAAAGCCGGCCACUUGGAAGUUGUGAAACUGUUGUGCGAGGCCGGCGCCUCACCCAAGUCGGAGACGAACUACGGUUGUGCGGCAAUCUGGUUUGCCGCCUCCGAAGGCCACAACGAUGUGCUGCGGUAUCUGAUGAACAAAGAGCACGACACCUACAGUCUGAUGGAAGAUAAGCGGUUCGUCUACAAUUUAAUGGUAGUCUCCAAAAACCACAACAACAAGCCAAUACAAGAAUUUGUGCUUGUGUCGCCAGCGCCGGUGGAUACCGCAGCCAAAUUAUCGAACAUUUAUAUAAACUUAUCAACAAAGGAAAAAGAACGCGCGAAAGAUUUAGUAGCUGCCGGCAAACAAUGUGAGGCAAUGGCCACCGAGCUGCUCGCGCUAGCAGCAGGUUCCGACUCGGCGGGCAAGAUACUACAAGCAACCGAUCGCCGCAACGUGGAGUUCCUGGACGUGCUAAUUGAGAACGAACAAAAAGAGGUCAUUGCACACACCGUUGUUCAGCGAUAUCUGCAGGAACUCUGGCGUGGCUCACUCACGUGGGCCUCAUGGAAAAUAUUACUCCUCUUAGUUGCCUUCAUUGUGUGUCCGCCCGUUUGGAUCGGCUUCACCUUUCCGAUGGGUCACAAAUUCAACAAAGUGCCUAUCAUCAAAUUCAUGUCCUAUCUCACAUCGCACAUCUACCUAAUGAUCCAUCUGAGUAUUGUGGGCAUUACGCCCAUUUAUCCGGUGCUGCGUCUAAGUUUGGUCCCCUACUGGUACGAAAUUGGGCUGCUCAUUUGGUUGAGUGGCCUACUUUUGUUCGAGCUGACAAAUCCAUCUGACAAAUCUGGAUUGGGAUCCAUAAAACUGCUCGUGCUACUCUUGGGCAUGGCCGGUGUCGGCGUGCAUGUGGCCGCGUUCGUCUUCGUCUCAAAACUCUACUGGCCAACGCUGAUCUAUUGCCGCAAUCAAUGCUUCGCUCUGGCCUUUCUGCUUGCCUGUGUGCAAAUCUUGGACUUUCUCUCCUUCCAUCAUCUCUUCGGACCAUGGGCCAUCAUCAUUGGUGAUCUACUCAAAGAUCUCGCACGUUUCUUGGCCGUGUUGGCCAUCUUCGUAUUCGGGUUUUCCAUGCACAUUGUGGCGCUGAAUCAGUCGUUCGCGAAUCUGAAGCCGGAGGAUCUUAGAGGUUUCGAAAAACGCAAUCGAAAUCGAGGCUACUUCAGUGACGAUGACAUGCCAACGCCUCGACCGCCGCCCAGCUCCGCUGAACGUUAUAUCGACAGCCGAAGUUUAUCGAGUGAAUUUCGCCGCAAACACAAAGACGACCUGCGCAUGCAUCCGAUUACCUCUUUUGAGUUGCUCUUCUUCGCCGUCUUCGGUCAGACGACAACCGAACAAACGCAAGUGGACAAGAUACAAAAUGUCGCCGAACCCACUCAGCCCUAUUGGGUGGAGUAUCUGUUCAAAAUAGUCUUCGGCAUUUACAUGUUGGUGUCGGUGGUUGUGUUGAUCAACCUGUUGAUUGCUAUGAUGUCCGACACCUAUCAGCGGAUUCAGGCUCAAUCCGAUAUUGAAUGGAAAUUCGGCCUGUCCAAGCUUAUACGCAACAUGCAUCGCACCACAACCGCCCCCUCGCCGCUUAAUUUAGUUACCACAUGGUUUAUGUGGAUCGUCGAGAAGGUCAAGGCGCGCAUGAAGAAAAAGAAGCGUCCAAGUCUGGUACAGAUGAUGGGAAUACGCCAGGCCAGUCCGCGCACAAAGGCUGGCGCCAAGUGGCUUUCGAAGAUCAAGAAAGACUCGGUGGCUCUCUCUGUGGUACAUCUGUCACCGCUCGGAUCGCAAACGAGCUUUACCGCUGCCAAUCAGAAUCGUAUCGAGAAUGUAGCCGAUUGGGAGGCGAUCGCUAAGAAGUAUCGUGCGCUUGUCGGCGACGAGGAAGGCGGCUCCAUCAAGGACUCGGAGGCGGAGAGCGGCUCCGUUGAGGGCAGCGGUGGCGGAACGGGAGCGCCACCGCCGCCGGCACAGGUCUAAGUCGUCAUGAAGAAAUGAAAGUUGUAAUUACCCUAAGGUUGGCUUAAGUCUUAGAUAGCGAAUUUGGAAGUAACUGAAGUUAAAGUAAAGUAAAUAGAAGUUUGAAAUUAAUGUUAAACUCAAUAAUUGUCUAACUUAGAUAGAAUUUAAAAUUGAAUAAAUCAGUAAACACUUGAUGUAAAUAUUUAAGAUUAGACUAACGAGACAUCCUCUGUGCUGAAUUAUAAAGGGUGUCACCAAUUCAAAAAAGUGAAUAAGAUUUCUCUGUCCUCGGACCUACAAAACACAAAAAUAUAUUUUGGUCUGAUUGGAAAGUAAUUCGGGUUUGCUUGGAAUAAAUAUUCUGCCUGCCUCAGAGCUUUCAGUGCUUUCAAAUGUUAUGUUAGAGCAGUGAACGCCAGAGGAAUCCUGCCCACAGGCCCGGCCUGACAUAAAUGGGUGUGUAUGAGUGGUUUAAAAUGAAACUAGCAAUCAAAUUGGGUUCACUGUUCGAUAGCUCCUUAGAACAGUGGGCCUACACAGCGGAUUAAAACCGGCUGCUCAUAUUUAGAUCCUCAAUUUACACUUUCAAAAAAACCAAGUUUUAAUGAAUAUUUUUGAAUUUUGUAUAUUUCUACAUGGUCUGCAGGAAUUAAUUUAAAAGGCUUCUGCGAUAAUAGCACUAAAAUUUCGAUUAUAUCUCUACCAAUCGGCAGCCGAGGUGACCGAGUGGUUAGCUUUGCAUACUGCCAUUCGGAAGCACCGAGCUCAAAUCCUGGUCGACCAAAAUGCAAAAGUUAUAAAAAGUUAAUUUAAAAAAAAAAUGUAUUUCAGACAUGAAAUAUUAUGUAUGCUCCCCAUAAAGACCCAUCAGCCGUUUGUGGGUCCCUCCAAUUUCUUGUAAAACAUCGAGACACAAAGCCAAAAAUUGGAGGAGGAGCUCGGCCGAAAAUCGCUUCAGCGGUUACAAAGCACCAAUUAUAUAUAUAUAUAACUUUAUACAUAAUCCUUUCGGCUUCUCUAGUAUGUCACCAAUUGGACCUACAAUUCGUUCUCUGCGAUCGGAGAGGCCCAAUUUUCGACCACAUUUUGCCGUACGUAGCUUACCAAAAGUUUCUAGGAUUAAAUUAUUUUGGCCGGCGUCCUUUUUGAAAAAAUAUUCACCAGUGAUUCCCUCUACCUACAGACCGCACCAAAUGACAAUUUCCAUAUAAACCAUUGUUAUUUUGAAGAGUUAAAAAAAAAAUCUUCCAAUUAAUUAUAAAUUUUUUCUGAUAUUUUUUCGUAUUAUCCUCGUAUACCCGUAUUAUAGAAUAUAAUUGAAUAAAUUUUAUUGUGUUAUUAAAAAUUAAAAUUUC